ACUUCUGAAACUCAAUUUUUCUCCGCCACCACAGUGUUUCUGUGUUACUGUUGCUGUUAAAUCACAAUCACAAUGUUAUCCCGUUUAUUUCGAUCUUGUGCACCUACAUCUAGAUGUAUUCGGCAAUUUUCAGGAUCAUGUGAGAGGUCUUUACCAGCCCAGAUCAUUGAUGGGAAGAGGAUAGCGGGAGAUGUCUUGAAAGAAAUCCGAGAAGAGACGGAUGAAUGGAUUGCCCAAGGCAACAGAGCUCCACAGCUGACUGUGGUGCUCGUAGGAGAGGAUCCAGCUAGUUCUGUCUAUGUCAAGAACAAAGCCAAGGCUGCAUCAAAAGCAGGUAUCACUUCAACCACGAUCACGAAACCUGCGACCAUUUCUGAGAAAGAGCUUCUAGCGAUCGUAGAUGACCUCAACCAGGAUCCCAACGUCGAUGGCAUCCUGGUCCAGCUCCCGGUCCCACCUCACAUGGAUGAGAGGACGAUCUGUGAUUCAGUCAUACCGGAGAAAGAUGUAGAUGGGUUCAACAUGGUCAAUAUUGGCAGACUGUGUUUAGACUUGCCUUCCGUCAUCCCUGCUACACCGUAUGGUAUAUGGGAACUCAUCAAGCGAUCAGGUAUUGAUUUGUUUGGCAAGAAUGCUGUCGUCUGUGGAAGAUCAAAGAACGUUGGAAUGCCGAUUGCAACAUUGAUGAAUGCUGAUGGAGCGCAUGCCUCCGGUAUGGGAAUGGAUGCUACCGUCACCCUAUGCCAUCGCUACACUCCACCAGAGCAGUUGAAUCGCUUUGUAAAGUCCGCUGAUAUCAUUGUGAUAGCUUGUGGUGUACCGAACCUCAUCGGUGGUGACAUGGUGAAGGAAGGUGUGGCGGUCAUCGACGUCGGGAUCAACAGGGUUAAAGAUGAGAAGACGGGGAAGUUCAAGCUGGUCGGGGAUGUCAAUUAUGAAGAGGUAUCUCAGAAGGCCAGUUACAUCACACCAGUCCCCGGUGGUGUAGGACCCAUGACAGUAGCCAUGUUGAUGAAGAACACCAUGGAAGCAGCUAAGAGGAACAUUCAACGACAAGCCCAGGCAGCUUCAUCAAGCAGUUGAUUUACAGACAUACAUCUUCAGUAUUAAGACCCAAUAUAGACAUGGUACAGUCAAACCUGUCUAGAGCGACUGCCCAAGGGAAACUGUCACACAAAAAGUGGUCUCUGUAGACAGGUUCCUUUAAUAUAUGUUUCAAUGAGAAACCAUUUUCAAGGGAAACAAAAAAUGUGGUCUUUGUAGACAGGUGGUCCUUGAAGACAGGUGGUCACUAAAGCAGGUUUGACUGUACCAGCUAGAAACAAGUCUGGGGAGAAGAUGUUCCAACAUCCGUUUAUCAGAAAACCUCUAUAUUUCGACAUUUUGUUCAUGUUUGUGUGGCGUGUGUGAGCUCUAGCUAGGAUGCUGCAGAAUAAACAAUAAUUUGUCAUGAGCCUGGUUGAACGGCAAGACUGGAUGCGAUUCAGUGUAAAAUAUAUACAUUUCUGUUCACAGAAGCUCUUUUAAGAUUUUGGGGUUGUAUAAGUGUGAUUUUCUCACAGUGAUAUUGAAGUAUUUUUUUUGUUUUUUAACAGAGAUCUUUUCCAAUGUAUGAGAGCAGCUUUCAAGAGCUUAAACGCUCAAUACUUCCGUGUAUUUUUUUUUGUUAUUUAUCUUUCCUUUCUUUACAAAACCAAGAGAUGAAAAAAGUACCAAAGUUUGUGUUUGUGCCCUUUUGCUCAGCUCAUGACAAAUUGUUACAUUUAGCCUGCCAUACACCAAUUGUUUGAACAUAGGGCGAAUCCUUAGAUCUUUGCCAGUUGUUAAUCCUUUUUCAGAAAGCGUAGUGGAGAGGAAAGAUUCUGUUAGGGCACUUUGUAAUUGGACAGUAGAAUCACUCUUUCAUUCUCCCUCCCUUUGUCAAUUGCCCUCUCAGACCCCUCUGUGAGAGAAUUAGAUGUGUAUUCCUGAGUCAUUCAUUAUUUUGUAUGGUUACUGUAAAAAUAUUUAUCAUACAACUUGCUCUUAACAUAUAGUGCCGCAACUUUAUACAUACUGCAAUAAUGUAUUUAUGGAAUUCAAAAUUGAUGCAAGAAGUUUGCCAGAUUUACUUAGAGAAAUUACUCAGAAAGACAAAAAUUCAAAUCUGAAUUAGUAUCGACUUCUCUAUUAACAAUAUAUAUAUAUAUUUAUCUUAUCAUUAUUUAUAUAAUGUCAGAUAUUUUUGAAGAAUAUAUAUGUUUUGAAGGUCUAAUAUUUCAUCAAAGGAUAGCUCUUUUUUAUUAUGAUAGUGUGUUUUGGCAAACCUUUGGCCAGUUGGCAUGAAACUUUCACAAAUAUCUCAAGUGGUUGGGAGUUUUGACAUUUUCAUUUGGCGUAAUAUUUGAAUGACGACACAAUUUGCAAUUCAUGACAUUUUCAGGAGAAGUUUCAUAUUUUUCAGGAACAGAAUUUGAUAAGUCCAUGGAUGGUCAUUGGUGUGAUAUGAGCUAUUUUGCUGGGUCACUAUAAAGGAAAGAACAAUAAAUAUUAACCCUACACCAAUCUUUUAAUAAUAAUAAUAAUAAUAAUAAUAGGUCACAUUUAUAACGCGCCUAAUACAUUGUUUCUAGGCGCAGUGGUGCUGUUGUCCCAGCAGCCAUUAAGUGAAGCAAUGUCCUUACACGAAAUAAAGCCAGGACGACAGCACCAAGAAUACACAAUAUUAUUCAGUACAAAAUAACAUUAUGUUACGUUAUGUUACGUUACAAAAUCAAAAUUACAGUUGUUACGAAUAAAUGAAUAAAUCAACUUAAUCUAACUUAAAUUGUGCUAACCCUGUAUUGAUAGUGAUUGAGUGUAGAUAGUGAACUAGCUGAUAUAGAUGUAGUUUUGUUAUAAAUAUUGAAUCAAUGUGGAUCUAUUUUUCUAUCAGAUAUAGUAUAUUGAUAGUUUCAAUACUUAGGAAUUAUUUCAGCAUCCAUUGAGCUUUUUAGCUCAAUUUGUGGCAUGAUAAGAAGAAAGUUCUAUCCAAUCAUGAAUUAAAUUCCACUUUACAUAAACGCUAAUUUAUGUGAUUUCUAAAUGACAUGUGACGUCUUUUUUAGGAAUUUAAUUGUUGAUUUAGGAAUUAAUUUAGGCAUAGAGAAACUUUUCUCAAUUAUAUUUUAUCUGUUGAAAGCCAGAAGGGUAUAGUAUUAUUGAGAGUGAUAAACUUUUACACACCCUUAAAACUCUAACUGACAAUUUCAUCUUAGCUAAAUAAUGAUGUGCUAUUUCUGAGAUGCCAACUUUCGGGGGCCUCCUUUUUCCUUUUUCUUUUGGGGAAUAUUUUCCUCAUUUUAUGAGUCACCUCUUUGUAUUAUUAUCUGGCUUUAGCAUGGCUGCCAUUAUGGCGCUCAAGCAUUUCAAGGAAUUAAUUCAUGCCAGGUGUUGUCAGGUAUUGGUAUUCUUCAAAUCAAUCUAAUAAAUAGACAUGUCUUGCAUGAAGUUUUGGAUUGUUAAACAGAAUCAGCAUGUCCUAUAGUGUAUAUUAUCUGACUUUGGCUGAAGAGGUUUCUUUCAUAAUAUAAACCCCUCAAAAGAGUUUGGGAAGUCAAGUUGAUCAAUUAUAGCUCUUUUAUCCCAUGCCUAAAAAAUCAUAACAAAUGGCAUAUCAUUUUAAAAAGGAAUAAACAGACUUUCUAAUGAUACUAAACACAGUGAUGAUCAUACCAGGGCAAGAGAGGUAUAAUCAACAUACUUGAUAUUCCAAACUUUUUAAAGGAUUUACAUGUAUAUAUUUUGACAUCUUGAAAAUGCACUUGAUAAUUUCUUUGCCAAAAUAACAUUGCAGUGGUUUCCUUCUGUGCUUUGAAAAAAGAUCUCUUGACUGCUAGGGUGUGUAAUGGAUUUAUUUUUCACUUUCUAAAGUUUUUCUAAAAUUUUUAACUUAAAAAUGGAGUAAUAAUCCUUCUGUUAAAUUCAUGUUCAGUCCAGAAUAUUGAGAUCCCGCAGUCUUAGCAGAAUGCUCUAAAUUUGUUUUCAGUUGUGUCAGAAAAUACUUAAUGUCUUGCGUUAUUGCAAUGGGGUAUUGAUGGGGCAAUGAUUUGUUUGAAUGUCACAGGCCUUGGGGAAGAUUUUUCUCAUAUGAUUGCGACAUGUAUCUUGGCAUUACGACCAUAAUGUUGAUGCCAUUUUAUUUUCUUUAUUUUGUGAAAGUUUACUAACAUUUUGUGUUUUAUGCAAAUAAAUGGUGCAAAAAAAAACACCUAACCUCAAA